AACCUAAUUAUCUAUAUAAGCUUGUUUUACGUGUGUUGGUAAGCAGCCUUUGAGACUCGAUACACAAUCUCAACAUAUCACUUACUGCAUCUCUGCGUCUGUUCGCUCCGUGAAGUUCAGCACCAAGGACAGAGAGAAAGCGCGAUGGGACAGUCGCAGUACCGCACUUCACACAUGGAAGAGGUUGAUGUAGCUGACCUACAGGAAAUGUACAAAAAGUUUGUGGUAGAAUGUCCAAGCGGGGCGUUGUUUUUGCACGAGUUUAAACAUUUUUUUGGAAUCGAUGCGAGCGGGGAAGCGGCCGACUAUGCAGAAAGCAUGUUCAGAGCAUUUGAUAAAAACGGGGAUAACACCAUCGAUUUUUUGGAAUAUGUAGCCGCAUUAAAUCUCGUAUUGAGAGGGAAACUUGAACAUAAACUGAGAUGGUCCUUCAAAGUCUAUGAUAAAGAUGGCAACGGAUGCGUGGACAAGGCUGAACUACUGGAGAUUAUCGAGGCUAUUUAUAACCUGAAAAAGGAUACCACCUGCUAUUCGGGUGCCCAGCUCCUUACACCAGAAGAAGUCUGUGAAAGAAUUUUCCAGCUGGUGGAUGAAAAUAAAGAUGGAACACUUUCACUUGAUGAAUUCAUCAAAGGGGCACAGAAAGACAAGUGGGUGAUGAAGAUGCUACAGUUGGACAUGCAUCCCUGCAGCUGGGUUAUUGAACAAAGAAGAAAGAGUGCAAUGUUCUGAUGCCUAAAUCAAGGAGACAUGCAGUUAGAUUUCUUGUUUUCAAAAGACUUACUAAAGCAUGUGGAUAUUUUCUUACAUAAUAAAGGACUGGAGAAACUUUAGAUAACAAACAGUUUGAUAUCUGUUCAAUGACUUCUUUAUAAUGCUAUCUGAGG